ACAUUAGAAAAUUUGUAAUAGAAAGGAAGAAACGCACAGAAGAUGUCGUCGGAUCAAGAACUGGAUGCCAUUAUCAAGGCCACCCAAACGGCCUUGGGUAAGUAUAUUAAGAAGCCCCCACUCACGGAGAAGCUGCUGAAGAAGCCACCCUUUCGCUUUCUAAUGGACGUGUUCAAUUCGUUCAUCAAGCAGACGGGCAACUUUGAGGGCUUGUACACGACUGAGGAGCAACAGUUCGAAAACAUAGGAGACCGCGAGGCCAAGACACGAUUCCUGCAAAAGAUGAUCGAUGCGAUCAAACUAACAACGAAAAAGGACCUCAAGGUGCGCACCUCCAAGAUAGUGGCUGGGCAAGAGCCCGAGCUAACCAACGAGCUGCUCCAGGCUAUGGCCAGUGUGGCUGAGCAGAGCUUGGACUGGCAGAAGGCUGUCGAGCAGGUGUUGGUGGCUGCCACUGCCGCUGCCACCAGCAAACCGGCCAAGGAAAAGCCCAAAAAGGAGCCCAAACCCUCCAGCAAGCAAACCUCACCUGCUGGCAAGGAAGAGGAGCCAAAGCGAGUCAAGGAAAAGCGCGUCUCGCCCCAAGAACAGAAGCUGCGCAAGGCCACCCAGGCCCUGGCAUCCGGCGUUACGCCAACGGAAAAGGAAAAAGCAACUCAGAAAAGGACCAAAGCGACUGUUGGUGACGCCAAGCCCAGUCGGCAGGGUACCAAGCAGAAGAGCCCAUCGCCAGUGAAGCAAAAGGCGAAGGCCAAGGGGCAGGGUUCAACUGAGAGCGAUACGAUGUCCCCCGUGCCCGUGGCGGUCGCCAAGAAGCCAUCCCCCGAAGCUGUACCCAAAAAAGCAUCUCCAGAGGCUGUACCCAUGAAAGCAUCACCUGAUGUUGUACCCAAGAAAUCGUCACCUGAAUCUGUACCCAAAAAAGGAUCCCCUGAAGUUGCACCCAAAAAGGCAUCACCUGAAGUUGCACCCAAAAAGGCAUCCCCUGAAGUUGCACCCAAAAAGGCAUCGCCCGAAGUUGCACCCAAGAAAUCAUCGCCAUCCUCAUCUCCAAAAGUAUCCAAGGAAGCGGUAGCUGAGCCUGCUGCGGAAACCAAUCUGACAGCGCCCCCAACUGAAUCAGAGAGUCGCAAAUCAUCCAGCAAAAGCCGACGCUCGAGUGCCAGUCAGAGGCAGGUCCAAGCAGAACCAGAACAGCCGGCCUCGAAUGAGGUCAAGACGCAGCAGCAGCAGCAGCCAGAACCGAGCCAACAGGCAGACUCCAACAACAACCAGGAUGGCAGGCCAGUGGCGGCUCCCCUGACACGGGAGAACUCCAAGGAGACCAAUCAGCGGCCACGCACUUCGUUGCGGCCGCCAAGUGCUCGGCCAGCCUCCGCUCGUCCCGGCGCCCCGCGGCGUCGCAAUGUGGAGAUUGUGCUGCAGCCCAACGAUCAGCUUAAGAUGUCCGGCAUCAAUGUGAAGCUGGAGACUUUCGGGGACCUGGACGAUGACGGGGAGAAUCUGGUGAUCAUCGAAGACGCCAACGCCCACGACAUUGAGAAGGGCGCUGCAGAGGAGCCGCUGCUGGAGGGUCAGCUCGAUGCACAGGGUCGGUUGGUGCAGCAGAUCCUGGAAACCCAAAAGGAGCUCGUGCAACAGACUGCCGAGGCGGAGCAGCCAGCCACUCAGCCCAAUCAGGGCACCCGUCAGAGUUCAGCACGGCAGGUGAACGAUCUGCGCGAUCUCAUACAGAGCCUAACCAAGGCGGUGAAUCCUCUCGGUAAGCUGAUGGACUUCAUACCCGAGGACAUUGAUGCCAUGCAGCUAGAGCUGACGAUGUGGCGCGACACCUACACACAGGCAGCCACAGAACUGAAGCGCGAGAGGAGCCACACUGCCUCCGCCACAGAGCCCAUGAAGGAUCAACUGAUGCAGAUCGAUGCCAGUAUUGUGGAGUACGAGGAGCUCAUCGACGAGAGUCGCCAGAAGAUUCUCCAAAACAAUGCGCGCAUCCUCAAGAUGCUGAUGGAACAAUGAAGAAGAAGCAAGAAA